AUGCCGCAUCCAGAGCGUCUCAAAUCCAUUCGGGCACGCAUGGUGGCGGAUAUAAGCAUCGCGUCGGCUUACGCAUUUGGCAAUGAUGCUUCCGUGGAUCCUGCCAAAGGUGCUGUCUCUAGUGGUCUGCUCUUACUGAGCCCGCUUGGCCUGGCCGGUACAUGUCUGCUUGAGCAGCUGGUCGAAAUCAACGUCAGUCCUGGAGGGAGGCGAAUCAUGAUUGUGGAUUCAUCGAUAACUCAUCGCGCGUUGGAAAGCAGGCCGAUUGGAGCACAACUCGAGUGGGUGGUGGAGCGUAUUGACUACCUAGCUCAACGAGUUGGUAUUGGGUCGGCGGCUGGCUUCAGCAGAUUUCUGAGAGGCCAAGGGUGCGUCUUCUUCGACAUUGCCAGAUCGUGAGUAUUCAUUAGACGUAGAGCAGGAAUUGCUGCUUACUUUGACUCAGCACUGUCCUCGAAGACGACGCUUUGAACACCUUUAUCGAGAAUGAACUGUUAGACCUCAGCAAGUUGGACAGGAUGCGCUUCUCGCCUGGGGAGGAGAGCUGA